CAACCAUAUAAAUUUGUCGUUUGAAAAUACAUUUUUAAUAAAAAGCAUAAUGGUGUUGAUUAAAUGCUUGUUUUCUUUAAUUUUAACUUAUUAUUUAGUAAACGGUGAGGACGUUUUAGUGACUAUACCAAAUGGCCAAUUACGAGGACGAUUAGAAUAUUCCAUGAGAAAGGGCGUUACCUUUUACGCUUUUCAACAAAUUCCUUUUGGAAAGCCACCCGUUGGAGAAUUGCGAUUUAGGGAACCUCAACCAGCUGAUCCAUGGAGUGGAAUAUUAGAUGCGACUCAAAAUACAAAAGUAUGCUACCAAGUUAAUGAUUUUAUUAACGUAAGCAGCAUACAGACAGAAGACUGCCUCUAUCUUAAUGUGUAUACACCAAAAUAUCCAUCAACCAAUAACUCAUAUCCUGUACUGUUUUUCCUUUAUGGAGGUGGAUUUCUGGGUGGAGCCUCAAUAUUCACGGCAGCUGGUCCACAUUACCUUAUUGAAGGUGAAGUAAUAGUAGUGACAGCUAGUUACAGACUUGGCCCAUUUGGUUUUCUUUCAACUGGAGACUCAGCAUCACCAGGAAAUUACGGAUUGAAGGACCAAACUCUCGCACUUAAAUGGGUUAGAGACAACAUUAAAUAUUUUGGUGGAGAUCCUGAUAAAGUCACGAUCCAUGGAGCUAGUGCUGGAGGGGCAUCAGUUACUUACCAUCUAGCGAGUCCACAAUCCCAAGGUUUGUUUAGAGCAGGAAUUUCUCACAGCGGAUCACUCUUGACUCCUUGGGCUUAUCAGGAUGGAGCUAAAGAUAUCGCUUACCGAUUGGCCAAAGCUAUCGAUGGUAACUUUAAUCCAACUGCUACAACUGAAGAAUUAGUACAGUUUUUGAGGUCAGCUACGGCUGACCAAGUUAAUAAGGCUGCCCAAACUUUCCAGGAAAGUGUUGGUAAUGAACAAAUUGUCCAAGGUUUUUUCUUCGCUCCAGUUAUUGAACCACCGAGUGAAACUGCUUUUAUUACUGAACCAAUGUACUCCAUUGUGGAAGGUGGAAGGAUGAGCAAAGUUCCUUUGUUUAUCGGUAUCAACUCAGAAGAAGCUCUUGACAGAAUCACAUGUGCUGAUAGGGUAGCUCACAGCGAAGAAAGUAACUACGUUUGGUGUUACGGAAACUGGUCAUAUUUGGAAUAUUUUCCACCAGCCGAUGUCUUAACCAGUGAAAGAUAUCGUACCUUAAUUACCAACUUCGUGAAAUAUUUGAAUCCAACUCCAGAACCCUCAGAACUUUUGGAGAACAUCAUUUGGCCGCCGGUGAAAAACUACGAUUUUAAGUACCUAAACAUAAAUGACACUUUAAGUAUCGAGACUGACCCUAAAAAUUUAACUUAUCCACAGUGGGUUAAAUUGUACGAUGAUGAUAGCUACAGACCAUUUAUUACUUAUUAAAUGUAAUAAAGAUAUACUUUAUU